UUCUCCCAUUUGUGAAGUAAAUAAAGAAGAGAGAUGAUACUGAAAGCAGUUGUGCUGCUCAGCUGUGUUCUGAGCAUCAGCACAUUCCCCAUGGAAGAACCUGAAGACGGAGGCAAGCACUGGGUGGUGAUCGUCGCAGGUUCAAACGGCUGGUACAACUAUCGACACCAGGCAGACGUGUGCCAUGCUUACCAGAUUGUUCACCGAAAUGGAAUUCCAGAUGAACAGAUCAUUGUCAUGAUGUAUGAUGACAUUGCUGAUAAUGACGAAAAUCCAACAAAAGGCAUUGUCAUCAAUAGACCUAAUGGCACAGAUGUGUAUGCUGGAGUGCCCAAGGACUAUACAAAGGAGGAUGUUACUCCAAAGAAUUUCCUUGCUGUUCUUAGAGGAGAUGCGGAAGCAAUGAAGGGGGUGGGAUCGGGAAAAGUAUUGAAAAGUGGUCCCAAGGAUCAUGUGUUUGUUUAUUUCACUGACCACGGAGCUCCAGGACUUCUGGCUUUUCCUGAUGAUGACCUUCAUGUGAAGGACUUGAAUAAGACUAUUUGGUACAUGUAUCAUCACAAAAAAUACCAGAAGAUGGUGUUUUACAUUGAAGCAUGUGAGUCUGGAUCUAUGAUGAAUCAUUUGGCUGAUAAUAUCAAUGUUUAUGCAACAACAGCUGCCAAUCCCAGAGAGUCAUCUUACGCAUGUUACUAUGAUGAUGAAAGGCAGACUUAUCUUGGGGAUUGGUAUAGUGUGAACUGGAUGGAAGAUUCAGAUAUGGAGGAUCUAAGAAAAGAAACACUUCACAAGCAGUUUCAGCUGGUGAAGAAACGCACCAACACCAGCCACGUGAUGCAGUAUGGAAACAGAAGCAUUUCCUCCAUGAAAGUGAUGCAGUUUCAGGGCAAGGGGAAGAAAGCUAUCCCCAUUUCUCUGCCACCAGUAGAACACUACGACCUAACACCUAGUCCUGAUGUGCCCCUUGCAAUCAUGAAACGUAGGCUGAUGUCUACCAAUGAUAUUUAUGAGGCUAAGAAGAUUGCUGCAGAGAUGAAAGCACACCUGGAGGUGAAAGAAUUUAUCCAGGAAUCCAUGCGGAAGAUUAUCACCUCAAUUACAGGAUCAGAAGAACAGACCAACAAAAUUCUGUUGGGCAGAUUGACCCUCAGCAAUUAUGACUGCUACCAGUCAGCAGCGAACCACUUCAAAGCUCACUGCUUCAACUGGCACUUACCCUUGUACGAGUAUGCACUGAGACAGCUGUAUGCCUUGGUCAACGUUUGUGAAGGAGGAUACCCCAUUGACAGAAUAUGCCUGGCCAUGGAUCAAGUGUGCCUUGGGUAUUGAUGGAAACAAGUCGCUAAUACAAUCCUUACUACAAGUGAUAACUUUUCAUAACUGUAAUAAUCCAGACUUUUACAUGCAUGCAACAUGAAGAGUGAACCACUCUACUGAAACUGUGCUGGGAGC